UGGAUUCUGGUGGGGUUUAUAUAAUAUAGAUGGCUUUAGGGUAUGGUUCUCCAAGUUUCGUAACAAACACCCGUCACCCUGCAAUAGCAAAAUGCAAAAUACUGAGUCAGGAGUCAAAGAACCGUAACGUACCCAAUGAAAAUAUUUACAGAAUUAAAUAAAGCAAAGUGCGCAGAGACUUUAAACUUUUCUCAAGAUUUAAUAAAGCAAUUUUAUUACUUUGUCAAUCUGCUUAAUCGACAAGCAAAAGCACUCGAGCCCAGUGGCGUAUAUUAUGUGUUUGUACUGUAUUUAAUAUUUGAUUUAUUGUAGUUAACUACUAAUUUGCACUUCUGUAUCAACUCUCUUGUGCUUUUCUCUAACGCUUUAGUGUCUUUUCGUGUUUAGAGAGAGAGAGAGAGAGAGAGAAAGAGAGAGAAAAGGAGAGAUUUUGUGCUGUGGGUUUUGAAAAAUGGCUUCAGCAGUGUUGCUGGUGGUGGUGUUUGUGUUUGAUUUGGUUGCUUUUGCGCUCGCUGUUGCCGCCGAGCAGAGGAGGAAUACCGCAACAGUCAAUAUUGAAGGAGAUUAUAAGUACUGUCAAUAUGAUUCAGAUAUUGCAACUGGAUUAGGUGUUGGUGCCUUGGUGGCCCUUAUGGCUAGUCAAAUCCUAAUAAUGGUGGCAAGUCGAUGUUUGUGCUGUGGAAAGGUCAUGAGACCUAGCGGGUCUAGGACCUGGGCAAUUGUUUUAUUUAUCUCCUGCUGGGUAUUCUUUUUCAUUGCUGAGGUCUGCUUGUUAGCGGGUGCUGUUCGAAAUGCCUACCACACCAAAUACUACUUGUCAUCAGACCAUACCCUAUCAUGCCGGGAACUGAGAAAGGGAGUGUUUGGGGCUGGAGCUGCAUUCGUCAUCCUUACAGGCAUAGUAUCUGAGCUUUACUAUGUAAGCUAUUCCAGGGCAAAUGACGGUCAACUUUCAUAUGGCAGAGACACCGGUGUGAGGAUGGGGAACCUAUAGCACGGUUAGGUUGGACUGAGAGGCAAGAAAUAUUCUAGUAUGCAACUCAUAGGCUCAUAGCUCAUUUGACCUGCAUAUCAUGAAUGUGGACAUUUAAGAGUGAAACAUUAGCAUACGUCUAUUUUCACACAUGGUGUUUGAUUAA